CUACUGGCAUAUUACAAGUCAGAUACUCUUCAUUACGAUGUGGUAAUGGAAUUGAACUGUCCUAUAAAUGACUAUUGUGAUUAAACUGGGAACUAACCUAAAGAACAACGCUUCGACUAUAUAGAUUUAUGCAGCUACCAAUAUAAUAGGUAUUUCAAUGUGUAUUAUUUUUUGUGAAUGGAUGAAAUGUAAACGUCUAGAAGCAUUUUUCACAGGUUCAUGUUUCAUACCUACGAAAUGACAUGAAUGAAAUGGAUUGCAGUAAUAUGUAUCGCUCGUUUGUAUUCGUGAUAAAGCGUUGAGGCGAUGUUUGCAGUCUGCGCUUAACUUUAUAACUGCAUGGACGGAAAGUGCAAAUAGGGAAGUCCAAUCAAUGAAUCGCUCUGCCGUCGUCAUCAUUCCACUGGGGUAGCUUUGCUAACCGGAAUGCCGGUGAUCACAGUCGGAUUACCUUGACUGAUUCAAGCGGAGCUCUGAUGCAGACGAUAUAGCGGUUAGCUAUACAGACUAGGGCUACAAACUUGUAGGUGUUAUACUCAGUUAGUAUAAUUAAUAUCUGAAUGCGUUCAGGUUACUUUCCAAGAAUUUGAGAUCACUUCAACAGAUAUUAAUUACACAAACCAUCGGAUUCUACGCACUGCAGAGCUCGUGGAUGUGUUUCUAAUUAUUACCUUUCACCCCGCUGUAAAGGAAACUCUUAAAACAUGAGCGAGUUGGGAUUUGUUACCGUCGAUUUCGUCGUCUUCGCUCUCGUCAUAUUAUCGUCCAUUCUGAUAGGAACGUACUAUGCGGUGUCCGGAGGCAAAAACAAAACAUCUCUGGAAUUUCAUCUUGGAAAUAGACAGAUGAAGUUCCUGCCCAUUCUUAUUUCUCUGAUGGUCUCGAACCAGUCCUCUAUAAUGAUGCUGGGCUACCCGGUGGAGACUUACCUAUUUGGCGGCGUCAUUUGGCUUCCGGUCCUGGGAUAUAUCUUCGUUUUCAUGGCCUGUGUUCGCAUCAUCAUUCCUUUAUUUCAUCCGAUGAAGAUCACAAGUGUUAACGAAUACUUUGAGUUGAGGUAUGGAGCUGUUGCCGUACGUAGAUUUGCCUCGAUUUGUGGAGCUAUGGUCGACACGAUGUACAGCGCAUUGGUGCUUUAUGGACCGGCAAUAGCCAUGGAAGGAGUGACAGGUGUACCAUUCUGGGUAUCCGUUCUCUCCAUGGCUGUUUCCUCCAUCCUAUACACAUCACUUGGAGGUAUAAAAGCCGUGGUCUGGACGGAUGUGUUUCAAUUCCUUAUCCUGUAUAUGGGGAUAUUUGCAGUUUUAAUUAAGGGUACCAUGCUAUCUGGCGGGCUGAGGAAAGUGUGGGACAUAAAUAAGGCGACAGGACGACUUCAACCUGUCAGCUUUGACAUCGAUCCUACACGACAAUACACGUUCUGGAGCCUGAUGAUAGGAUCGACCGUCAAGGCACUAGUGAUCCCAUUCCGUCAGACGUCUGUUCAGCGUGUGUGCUGUACCAAAAGUGCAAAGGAUGCGAAAUAUAUAUUUUACCUGAUCGGACCGGCCUUUGUGUUAACCAUGUCUCUUGCUAUGGCUAUGGGGCUGGUGGCGUAUGCUUACUACUACACAAUCAGAUGCGACCCCAUACUCUCAAAGAAAAUCGUCUACAACCAACUGAUUCCAUAUAUGGUAUUGGAUAUAUUCCGGGAUGAGCCGGGAAUGGCCGGACUAUUUAUGGCUUCUCUGUUCUCCGCUUCUCUGAGUACUGUUUCAUCUAAUUUGUCCGGUCUGUCCGCCAUAACUCUAGAAGAUUUCAUCAAGCCGCAUUUCAAAAAGAUAUCUGAAUCAAAGGCUGCGAUCAUUUCAAAAGUUACAGUUGUCCUGUAUGGCCUGCUGGCUACAGCCUUGGCCUUCCUGGUAGCAGAAAUGAAAGGAUCGCUUUACCGCGUAGCCUUGAGUAUUAUGUCUGUUUUCACAGCACCUCUUCUUGGGAUUUUCCUGUAUUCCAUCUUCUUCCCCAGAGCUACUCACAUGGGCUGUCUGGUUGGUGGAAUAGCUGGUAUGGCCAUUACUUUAUGGAUAUCUAUGGGGCAGAGCUUUUCUACCUCCCUCAGGAGAGAACAGGCGCUACCAUUUGCACCCAUAGACCGUUGUUUCCCGGUUGUAAACAACACUUUUAUGAACAUGAGUAUCACAACUCCAGAAAAUGUCUCCACAACAUUUGACACGCCCACUUCCGUUCCGGAUAUACUAAACUCCACAUUAGCGCCAUUUGUGAAUACUGGUCCGCAAGGACUCGAUCGGUUUUAUGCAAUAUCAUUUUACUGGUUCGAUACCUUAGCGUUGAUUGUGAUCCUGACAGUCGCUAUCACAGUCAGCUUUAUAGUGGGUAGACCCUCGACAAGACAAGUCAAUAUGAAGUACAUCUUAUCAUUCUCGGAACAGUUCUUCCCUUGUCUCCCUGAAAAGGCAAAAAUAUUUCUGACAUGCGGUGUGGACAUCGAAAAGCGACGAAGAAAAUGUGGCUCGCAUGAGAAUGGAGACGCCCAGCAUGAAUUAGCAGUUGGACUGAUUCCGGAAUCUCCCACCUCCCCAGUGUCCCCUACAUCAGAGAGUAUAGGGUUCUCCUGAAGGGCCCUGGCAUUCUGUAUCCGGUCCAAGCCCUUAAACUCCAGCCAUGCCACAAUCCUCCGGCAUGUCUUUUGAUCGCCUGCAAUUAAGAAGUACACCUCAUUUGCAUGUUGCUGCAUGAGCACUUGUAUUCGUGAGGAUAUAUUCGCCGGUGGUUAAAUGCAAUGACUGAUUUAAAUCAAAUAACAAACAAAAUGGUUGUUCAUAUGUAAAUACUAAAAAAGUGUCUUUGUGACAUACUGUACACGGUUUGAGUUAACCUUGUCAGUAAAACUUCAGUCAACACGCAGUAUGAUCGCAUGUACACUUACUAACUUGUAUAUAUGUAUCGUCUUGAGAAACAUAAACAUAAUAUUUAGGCAUGUCAGAAAUUAUUUAUCAAUUUAUAUAUAUGUACACUUCAUGUAUUACAAUGAUUGUCGUGCAAUUCUGGCACUUUGAUGUGUUCCGACCGAACCCUGCGUUAUGUCACCAUGAAUGCAUUUAGAUGUAAAUAUAUUCCGAACAAAAAUAUUAUUAUCCAUAUUGUGUUCGGUUUAUAAAGGUUUUAUUGGCUGUAUAGUGCUACGGAGGAAGUAUAAUUACGGGUAAGGUACGAUUGAAGUUGUCAAUGUUUGUCAGUUAUAACUUUAAUUGGUUUUAUGUUACUGUAAAACUGACAUUGUUUUUGUGGUAUGAGUAUUUUUAGUACUCAUUUGUGUCUUUAAGUCAAUCUCAGUUUUUAUUCCUCAAUAUAUUUAAACUUAUACCGCUUCACUUAUGUAAAACUUAAUCACGUGCGUUAUAUAAAUGUGUUAAUAACAAAUAGAUAUACUUUAAUAUUUACACUGUACCAUUUAUCAGAACCGGUAUUUGACUGGCUAUCAGUCCCUAUGAUUAUUACUUGCUUUUCUACAUGUAUGUUGUCUCUAGCAAGUCUACAGGCUCUGCGUAAAGGUAACACAUAAUAAUAUACACUGAAGUCAACCUACUUUUCCGUUUGCUUUCUUACAAAUAAAAUAAGGCCUCAAUGACAUUUCCUUGACGAUAAGACCAUGCAAGCAAUACCCUCCCUUUAUUCCUAAUUUUAACGUGAUUGACGUGGGUCUCUAUCUUUAGAUUAUGACGUAACGAAAGCAAUGAUAUAUUCUCCUACCCAUGACCAGGUUGAAGUAACCGAUUUUCGUUUUGAUUCAGCAGAUAUAUUCAACCUUUAUAUAGUAUCUUUGUAAAAACAUGAUCAUCAGGUUGGGGGCGUGCACUUCAACUUACGUCUAUUUGUUUACAGGAGUAUGUCCACAUACUUUCCCUACAUGGAUUGAAUUAUAUAUACUAUUUAUAUCUCUGUCACUUUGCCGAUAGAAAUGCCGUCAGUAUCUAUUUCGAACAUUAACCGAAAUAAUUUUAAACCACAGGCUGGAUUGUGUAUUUUGAUGUUUCAGAAAUUCUUGUUAAUAUAAUAACAAGUUUGUCUACAUUUUUUUCACACAAAAUAUUUACCUUGACUAUUUUAUACUACUAGACAUAUCCAUAUAUUACUCCAUUAAUGCUGAAAAAGAACAAGGUAAAGGGGAGGCAACUCUAGCUUCAAUUUGAAAACUUAAAACGUUUAGAAGUGAGCAGUGUAAUCAUUUUUAUUUUGUUAUGAAACAAACGAAACGACGAUUUAUGAUUGCUUUUUUUAAAUCUUGAAAAUUAUGUCCUAACGUAAAUUAAGCUGUACCUCACUUUUACUAUGUUUGUAAAUAGAGAACUAUUGCAGAAAAAAAAUCAGUGAGAACUUAUCUUGUAACUGGAUUUAUGUGUCAUUGAAUAGAAACGUACAUACAUGAAAAUAAGCGUUCUGACUAACGAUGUUUUGUUGUUUGUGUGUAAAUGUAAAACCAUGACAAGGUCUGCGGUGUAUGUGAAAUGUUGACCUAUACAUGUAAAUAAAAUACAAUGCUUUGUUAAAUGUUGUUUUGUACAUAUAACGUUUUGUCAUGAAUUAUUUAUUACAUGAUUUGAGGUGAUGUUGUGUGGUGAAAUAAAUAUUGUUGUAAUU